CUCUAGGCUCCUGUAUGGGUCUGGUGGUGGGUGAGUGACUCAUGAGGGUGCCCUCCCUACCCCUACAUCCAAAUGCUCAGCCCUUCGGAGAGCCAGGGCUCACCUAAUCCCCACAGUGGGAGUCAGGGGGUAUCCACGCCUGUGCUGGAGGCUAAGGUUGCACAGUGGUAACUUCACACUCUGCAGCAUGUGUAGCUGAGGCCUCUGCAGAGCAGUCUUCUGCAAGGCAGGCAGCGAGGACAUCUUGGCAGGCAUCAUCUCUCUAGCCAGAAUCCAGCCUCAGGCAGUGGUGCCCCAGGACCUGAGCAGAGAUGGCUGAACAAGAGGGCAGUGGCCUGCAGAUGCUGCUGCACACGCUUCAGAACUCCUCUGAUAAGGCAUCCAUCCUGGCCAUCCUCCAAGUCCUCAGCGAUCUGCUUUCUGUUGGCACAGACCGGAGGAUUUAUUAUAUGAUCAGCAAAGGUGGCAGCGAAGCCCUUCUGCAGACUCUGGUGGAUACAGCAAGGUCAGCUUCUCCUGACUGGGACAUCCUCCUGCCUCUCUUCAGGCUGCUGGCUAAAGUUGGCCUAAGAGAUAAGAAGUUUGGACAGAAGGCACUAGAAUUAGAAGCUCUUGAUGUGACCUUGAUUCUGGCCAGGAAAAACCUGUCUCAUAGCCAGAACCUCCUGCACUGUCUCUGGGCAUUGCGCGUGUUUGCCUCCAGGGUAACCACGGGAGCCAUGCUGGGAAUUAAUGGAGCGAUGGAACUGCUCUUCAAGGUCCUUUCUCCUUAUACCCGAAAGCACACCCGGAAAAUCAGGGUAGCCACAGAAGUUUUGGCAGCAUUGCUGAAAUCCAAGUCUAACAGCCGCAGGGCAGUGAACAGAGGCUACGUCAACAGCUUGCUCAGGCUGCAUCAGGACUGGCACAGCCGCGAUGUGACCAAUACCUAUGUGAUGAUCCGCCAUGGGCUUCUGCUCUGCCUCAGGCACAUUGUCGCCCUCCGGUCAGGCAGGGAGGCCUUCCUGGCAGCCCAAGGCAUGGAGACUCUCUUCAGUAUUGCACAGACCUGCCUGGAGAACAAGAACAUGGAACUUGUGAUCUCUGCUGUGAUUCAGAUCCUCAGGCAGUGUUACCCUGCAAGUCGGCUUCCCCUGGUCACAGCCAGCAGUGCCUACACCUUCCCAGCCCCCGGGAGCACCAGCUCAGAGCUUCCAUGCCAUCUAACUGAAGAAGAUUUUGAUGAUGAUGGUGAUGAAGAGAUGGACAAAGACUCAGAUGUGGAAGCUAUGAAAGAAGAUGAUGACUUGGAAACUGAUAUGAGCAAACUUAGUUCUAAACCUGGUCUUGACCUACCUGAGGAGGAAUUUGCACAGUAUAAUGCAAUGUGUCCUGAGCUAUCCUGUAGCUUUGAGGAACUAGAACCCAAGUAUGGAGAUGAUUUGAACAUCAAAGACACUCUGCAUGCCAAUCACCACCACAUUCCAAGUGCUGCUUCUCUAAGACACUGUUUCAACAGGGAGCCCAGCUCUUGGCGACAAGACACAGUCCACACAUCCAUUCUGCACAUGGUGAAGACAGGGAAGUCCAGUGUACAGUCAUCCUCAAAACAAAGAUCUGCGACAAAUGUGAACCAAAGCAUACAACAAAAUGGUUUGGAGAUCGAUUCUUCUGGAGAUGAUACCUCUGACAUUCAGGCUUCCUUAGAACAAGCUGCUUGGGACAUAGAAGCAAUUUCUUGCCCAAGGAUAACUGCCUCAUUUUCCAAUUCUACUAAGCCAGAAGAAAGCAACGAAGCUGUAGAGAAGCUUCUGCACACACAUGCCAAGCACAUACCUUUCCAUGAUCCUCAUCUUUAUCUGACUAAUGCUAUGCAGACAAGAUCUGCUGCGGGGGGAUUCAAGACAAUGGCAUUUCCUGAUCUCUGGGGGCACUGUCCACCUCCCACUGCUCAACCCAUGCUGGACCGCAAACUGGGAGUACAGAGGAUCAAGAUACUUGAGGAUGUCCGGAGGCUCCUCCAGCCAAGUGAUAUUAUAAACAAAGUUGUCUUCAGUUUAGAUGAGCCCAGGCCUUUGCAAGGCAGCAUUUCCAAUUGCUUAAGGUUCCACUCCAAGUUUGAAUCAGGAAAUCUUCGUAAAGCCAUCCAAGUGCGUGAGUUUGAGUAUGACUUGUUGGUGAAUGCUGAUGUGAAUAGUUCCCAGCACCAGCAGUGGUUCUACUUCAAGGUGAGCGGCAUGAGGGCCGCUGUCCCUUAUCGCUUCAACAUCAUCAAUUGUGAGAAACCCAACAGCCAGUUCAACUAUGGAAUGCAGCCGACCCUGUAUUCUGUGAAAGAGGCUCUUCUUGGCCGACCUGCCUGGAUACGGACAGGUUCUGAAAUUUGUUACUACAAAAAUCACUACCGUCAGAACACAGCUACCAUGGAUGGAGCAUCCGGGAAGCGCUACUACACCCUCACCUUUGCUGUUACCUUCCCACACAAUGAGGAUGCCUGCUAUCUGGCCUAUCACUAUCCCUACACCUACUCCGCCCUCAUGACUCAUCUUGGAAUUCUGGAAAGAAGCAUUGACCACAGGGAAGUCUACUUCCGGCAUGAUGUUCUUUGCCAAACACUGGGAGGGAAUCCAUGUCCACUGGUGACAAUCACUGCCUUUCCUGAAUCGAACAGUGCUGAGCAUCUGGAGCAGUUCCGCUGUCGUCCAUAUCAGGUGAUAACAGCCCGAGUUCACCCAGGAGAGAGCAAUGCAAGCUGGGUGAUGAAGGGAACCUUGGAGUUCCUAGUCAGCAGUGACCCUGUGGCAAAGCUCCUGAGGGAAAACUUCGUGUUCAAGAUCAUCCCUAUGCUCAACCCGGAUGGUGUCAUCAAUGGCAAUCACAGAUGCUCACUGAGAGGCGAGGAUCUCAACAGACAGUGGCUCUUUCCCCAAGCUCAUCUCCAACCAACCAUCUACCAUGCCAAAGGUCUCCUGCACUACCUAAGCAGUACUGGCCGGGGGCCUGUGGUCUUCUGUGAUUUUCAUGGUCACUCCCAAAAGAAGAAUGUAUUUCUUUAUGGUUGCAGCAUGAAAGAAACUUUGUGGCAAGCAGGCUGCACUGUGGGUGAAUCUGCCCUCUUGGAGGAUGUCAGCUACAGGACACUUCCUAAAAUCCUGGACAAGCUAGCACCAGCAUUCACCAUGAACAGCUGCAGCUUUCUGGUGGAAAAAUCACGAGCUUCCACUGCCCGAGUAGUGGUGUGGAGAGAGAUGGGGGUUUCCAGAAGCUACACCAUGGAGAGCAGCUACUGCGGCUGCAACCAAGGCCCCUAUCAGGGUCUACAGUUUGGUACUGGAGAACUGGAAGAAAUGGGAGCCAUGUACUGCUUGGGUCUUCUCAUCUUGGAACUCAAAUCUGCAAGCUGUAGCCAUAAGCUCUUGGCUCGAGCUUCAACUCUGCUGAACGCAGAUGUUCUGGAACACUACCUCCAGCGGUGCAGUAGCAGCAGCAGCAGCAACAACAACAGAACCUCUGAGGUAGAUGAUGAGCCAGCUUGCAUGGAGGAGAUUGACUACAGUACAGACAGCAACUCAGACUCAGAACAGUACUUCACUGAGCUGGACCAGCAGAUCCAGGAGUGUGCCUUCAACAAGGAUGAAGAAGAGGAAAAAGAAGAAGGGACCGGAUGGAGAAGAAGAUCUGUCCCCUAAUCUUGAGGUUCAGUGUCAUCUCUGUAUCUCUAGCCAUUGUACUAGUGGCUAUCACAUGGCAUUUUCUCUAUUAGAUAUAUAGCACCUAAGCCAGUAGAAAAACUAGUCUGGGUGUUGUUCUACCUUUUACCAUCCAUAGACACUAAGUAUGUGAUAAUUAUAAGAUUUUAUGUACACAGCAUGCUAUCAUUACACUUUCAAUUAGACUUGGGUGAUAUUUUCAGGUUUGCAUUGGGUCCUCUUUUCACUGACCUCCAAGCUUCACCAUUCUUGGACCUGACACAGAAGGAGACUGUGAACAGAGAAGAGCGCUUUCUUCUUGGAUUCUCAAAAGGAAUCCUAAACAGUUAAGUUGCUCUAAAUAUGAAUGUUUUCCCCAGAUUGUAGCAUCUGAGCUUACAGCAUGGACACCAAGCCUCCUAUGAUCUUGAAAGGCUUGGUAUUUCUUCAACCUGGGUAAUCCAACAUAAAAGCCUGUGAAACCAAAUCACGGCACGUAUUGCCUUCUAUGUUCCAUAAGUGUACAUUUUACAGAGGCUGGAGAAGCCAGAGGCUGGACUAUCUUCUGUGGUAAAGGACAUGAUGAAUGCUUUUCACAAAUUUCAAACUUGUACCUCUUAAGCCAUUUAAACACACGCUGGAGAUACAAGAUGUGCUGGUAAAUCCAUUCAUUAUAGAAUCAGAGAGACAGAUGUGGUUCAUAUCUUGCAUCUGGCAGUGGCUUGUUCUGAAAAUGUAAGCAAGUAAUUAAAUUUCCAUGAACUUCAGGGUUUUUAUAUGUGCCUUGGGAAUGGACAUAUCUAUAUCACAAAGUUAUGGUAAAGAUGAAAUGAGAUCAUAUAUGAAAAUGUGCAACUUGGCAUCUGCUACAUGCUAACACUAGCUCACAGCACAUUUCUCAACCAAAACAGAGAACUCUAUGUGAUUAUUUGUAUGGUUUUGAGCAAACCUUCUCUUGGGUCUGGGGUCACAUGUUGGCAAUGUAUUCCAUGCUAGAAGAGAUUCAUUUGUAGCAAAGGAAGACACAGAG